AUGAUGGGAAUAGAUGAUUUUGACAACGUCCGAACUGUUCGUUCUAUUCAACGUUUAAAUGUCUACCGUGGCACAUCUCCAGCCACCCAAAACAGAUUGGAGACCAAUACGGAAACAUCAUCAUCCAGUAGAGUUGUCAAAACAGAAAAGGCAUUUUUUGAAAAGGAGGAGACUCGAUAUCAGUCCAGAAUUCGAGAACUCGAAGACAGUUUAGAUUUUGAAAGAGAUCACCGAGUUCGAGUUGAGAAACUCCUCGCCGAGACCCAGUUCCAAUAUGACCAACUUUCAGACAGACUUGAAGAACAAGGUGGUCAGACCUCCGCUCAGAUCGAAAUCAGCAAGAAACGUGAAUCAGAACUCUCCAAAUUAAGGAAAGAUCUUGAAAUUGUCAACAUUGCUCAUGAAGGAGCCGAGCAAAGUUUACGAAAACGACACAAUCAAGCCAUUGCUGAUCUCACCGACCAACUUGAACAUAUGAGCAAAACCAAAAAUAGAGUAGAGAAAGAAAAGCACCAACUUAUCAUUGAAAUCGAUGGUCUUCAGGGAAGCCUUGACUCUCUUACCAAGGCCAAGACCUCUGCUGAGAACCGGGCCGAUGCCCUUGCUGGUAGCUGUGAUCGUCUCAAGGGUCAGGUUGAUGAUCUUACACGACAAGUCAACGAUCUUUCUGGUCUUAAAGCUAGACUGACCCAGGAGAAUUUCGACCUCCAACACCAAGUUCAGGAACUCGACUCUAAUAACGCAGCUCUUGCCAAGGCCAAGGCCCAACUCCAGGCCUCCAAUGAUGAUCUGAAGAGAAAUCUCGAUGAUGAGAGCAGACAAAGACAGAAUCUUCAAGUUCAAGUACAAGGUCUCCAAGUUGAUUUUGACAGUUUGAAC